AAUAUGAACAAAAUAAUACCACGCACAUUCCUGGUGUAUAACGUACGUAGCAGAACGUGUUUUUUGGCGCUUGAUGGAAACCGCAUUUCACUCGUGCAUAACAAAUGUCACUUAAUGGAACACGCGGCGACGUCUUUCCGUCUCCGGAUGCCUGGGGGCGCUCUCGGCGUUCCUGGGCCUUGCCACCACUAGGCCACGCCCCUAUCCCCGAUUGGCUGCGUGAUGUGCGUCACUCAUGGCCCCUCCUCCCGCCACGCCCCCGAGCUCGGGCCCCUCCCUUCGCACUGGGCCGGCGCUUGUUGUUCAGCGGCGGCGGCCGAGCUGGGGGUGCAGCCUCAGGCCCGCCGCCGCCGCCGCCGGGGCGCUUGGCCAUGGAGCUGGAGGUGCCGGACGAGGCGGAGAGCGCCGAGGCGGGGGCCGUGACGGCAGAGGCGGCCUGGGCGGCGGAGAGCGGAGCGGCGGCAGGUAACGGCCUGGCUCAGAAGAAGGCAGCGCUGGCAGAGGCCCCGUUGAUGACUGGACAGCCCGGCCCAGGCCAUGGGAAGAAGCUGGGGCACCGCAGUGUGGACGCAUCUGGCGAGACCACCUACAAGAAGACCACGUCUUCCACCCUGAAGGGGGCCAUCCAGCUGGGCAUCGGCUACACUGUGGGCAACCUGAGCUCCAAGCCGGAGCGCGAUGUACUCAUGCAGGACUUCUACGUGGUGGAGAGCAUCUUCUUCCCCAGCGAAGGAAGCAACCUCACCCCCGCCCACCACUUCCAGGAUUUCCGGUUCAAGACCUAUGCGCCAGUUGCCUUUCGCUACUUCCGGGAGCUCUUUGGGAUCCGGCCGGAUGAUUACCUGUAUUCGCUGUGCAACGAGCCGCUCAUCGAGCUCUCGAACCCCGGCGCCAGCGGCUCCCUCUUCUACGUCACCAGCGACGACGAGUUCAUCAUCAAGACCGUCAUGCACAAAGAGGCCGAGUUCCUGCAGAAGCUGCUGCCCGGCUACUACAUGAACCUGAACCAGAACCCGCGCACGCUGCUGCCCAAGUUCUACGGGCUGUACUGCGUGCAGUCGGGCGGCAAGAACAUCCGCGUGGUGGUCAUGAACAACGUGCUCCCGCGCGUCGUCAAGAUGCACCUCAAGUUCGACCUCAAGGGCUCCACGUACAAGCGCCGCGCCAGCCGCAAGGAGAAGGAGAAGAGCCUGCCCACCUACAAGGACCUGGACUUCAUGCAGGACAUGCCCGAGGGGCUGCUGCUGGACGCGGACACCUUCGGCGCUCUGGUCAAGACGCUGCAGCGCGACUGCCUGGUGCUGGAGAGCUUCAAGAUCAUGGACUACAGCCUGCUGCUUGGGGUGCACAACAUCGACCAGCAGGAGCGCGAGCGGCAGGCCGAAGGGGCGCAGAGCACGGCGGACGAGAAGCGGCCCGUGGGCCAGAAGGCGCUCUACUCCACGGCCAUGGAGUCCAUCCAGGGCGGCGCCGCGCGCGGCGAGGCCAUCGACACCGACGACACGAUGGGCGGGAUCCCGGCCGUGAACGGGCGCGGGGAGCGGCUGCUGCUGCACAUAGGCAUCAUCGACAUCCUGCAGUCCUACAGGUUCAUCAAGAAGCUCGAGCAUACCUGGAAAGCCCUUGUCCACGACGGGGACACGGUCUCCGUCCACCGCCCCAGCUUCUAUGCCGAGCGCUUUUUCAAGUUCAUGAGCAACACGGUCUUCCGGAAGAACUCCUCCCUGAAGUCCUCACCAUCAAAGAAGGGGCGCAGUGCCCUGCUGGCUGUCAAGCCCCUGGGGCCCACGGCAGCCUUCUCAGCCAGCCAGAUCCCCAGCGAGCGCGAGGACGCACAGUAUGACCUGCGGGGGGCCCGCAGCUACCCCACACUGGAGGAUGAAGGGCGGCCUGACCUUCUGCCCUGCACUCCGCCUUCUUUUGAAGAAGCCACCACCGCCUCCAUCGCCACGACCCUGUCGUCCACCUCCCUCUCCAUCCCGGAGCGGUCCCCCUCUGAGACCUCGGAGCAGCCUCGGUACAGGCGGCGCACACAGUCAUCGGGACAGGACGGCCGGCCCCAGGAGGAGCCGCACGCGGAGGAGGACCUGCAGCAGAUCACUGUGCAGGUGGAGCCCACGUGCAGCGUGGAGAUCGCGGUCCCCCAGGAGGAGGGCACGAGGGUGGAGGCCUGCCCAGCCGGAGCCUCUGCGUCCGCCUUGGAGGCAGAAACCGCCAGCCAGGCCUCGGAGCCCGUCAGCCAGGCCUCGGACGAGGAGGACGUGCCCGCCACUGACAUCUACUUUUUCACGGAUGGGAGGUACUGGAUUUACUCCCCCCGCCAUCGCCGACUGCGGGCUGUGACGCUGAGCUCCUCGGGGACUCCCACCGACGACAGGAGCUGGGUGUACUCCCCGCUCCACUAUAGCACGCAGCCCCAGCCCUCCGACGGCGAGAGCGACACAUAAUUUCUAUGCAGUCCCCACCUGGGCUGAGUGCCCGCCACCACCUCAGCCGCUCCCAGAGGCGCUGCCUGCCCAGCUGAGGCCCAGAGCUCGGGGACACGCCGCCCCGCGGCCACCCCCAGCGAACCUCGUCCUCGUCCUGCCCCUGACGGACGCCGCAGGCCAAACCUCUCCCACCCAAUGCUCCACAGGUCAUCAGCGACCUUGGGCCACCCGCACUGCACCCGCCAGACGGCGACCUUCCGGAGCGUCCUGUCGUGUAUUUAUUUUGGGUCCUUGUUCUUUGCACAGACAGAGGCAUGUGGUGCUUUUUAGGGGAAAAAAGACACAAACCAGAAGAGGAAGAGACUCCACGCCACCGCACUUUGGUCCUCUGCCUCCAUUGCAUGUGUCCCGCAGGGGCAAGGCCACUCCUGCCACCCUGGGGACCUGGCUCUGGGGGGCCUGGCUGCCCAGGUGAGGGUCACACUCCAGCACAGGUCUCCAGGUGCCUCUUCCUGGUGUCCCACUGUCCUGUGUGUGCUGAGGCCACCUCUCCCGGAAGCAGAUCCUCCCGUGCUCCGCUCAGGUUUGGGGGCCUCGGUGCAGGACGUGUAUCCUCAGUAGUGGCCCCCGGGGGCUCGCUGUCAUGCUGAGCCACCAGGAAGGACAUCCCCUGACCCAGGUGCCUGUGAGCAAGCGUGCCCGGUCGUCACACUCCUGCCCCUGGUGCGGCUGCCCCCGCUCGGCCGAGCUCAGGGCUGUGGACUUGUCCCUUCCCUCGUGGUCCUCACCGUCCCCGGAGGAGUGGACCCCCUCAGGAGACGCCUCAGAGCGGAGCUUCCGACUUCCAGAGGGGAUAGGCCGGGCCUUGGGCCGCAGGAUCGGAGAGCAGGCGACCUGGGAUGGCAGACCUGAUGGUCCAGCUGCUGUGACACGUGCCGGUGUUCCGCCUGCCGGUGACGGCCACGCCUGUCCAGAAGGAAAGACCCAGCAGAUGUGCCCACUCCUCAGAUCCCCCACAAAGGGCCCCGAGGGAAGCACUGGGCUGUGCUUGGAGCUGAAGCCAUGCCUCCCGGAAGACCGGCAUCAGGACCAACCCCGCCAGGAAUUAGAUUUUUUUUUUAAAGCCCCCUGCAAGAUGUCAGCCUGCUGUCUAGGCCUCUCCUGGUGUCCCUUCUGCAGUGACGUAGUGGGGAGCCUGCCUGUUCUUCCCGGAGCCGCCAACAAGGAGCCCAUACUCCAGCCCAGACCCUCGCGGGGCUCAGCUGUGCCGUGGCGCCGAGGCCCCACCCCAGCGGGCCCAAACAAGGGUUUGUCCUGGCCCCAGGGUCAGCUGUGCCGGCACCGUGCCCAGGCCCCAGGGACGUGGCCCUGCUGCAGAAGGCGGGGUCCCGAAGUUGGCCCUGUGUCUCCAGGAGGAAGGGAGUGGCCCGCGCACAUCGCGCAUGGCGUGGGCCCGGCCGGGAGGAGAGACCUGCAGCCCUCCCGCUGGGACGUCCCAACAUUCCCUUCUUUAUGUUCAGUCCCAGAGGCUCCUUUGGAGCCCCACGUCGUGUGAGCUGUGUGUUUCGUCCCUUUCGAGAAUACUGCAAAAAGCACUCCGAAGUGUCCCUCAGACUGCAUCGAGGGGCCUUGCUUGCUUGUCCUUUCGGGGGCAGUGGGGUGCACGAGAGAGACCUAUUUAUACCGCGUGGCAAACUCCAGGCCUUCCUCAGAUCCCAGGAGGGAGGCCCCGGGUGCACCAGCUGCCCCCGCUCCCUGCAGACCUGUAAAUACCCCGAUGACCCAGCUCUCUCCUGCCUCGCCUCUCCAACGGCUGCUCUCAAGACCCUGGACCAUGUCCAAAUCCCUGUACUGUAAAAAUGGAGAGGCGUUUUCUGAGACUGGCAAGGUGGAAAUUCCCAUGUGGCCCCUUCCAGCCUGUCCCUCCACCCGCAGGCCAUCUCACCUGUCCCCUCACCUCCACACCUGGCUCAGUGCAAUACUCCCAUCCCCGUGGGGUCCGUUGCCAGGGUCCUGUCGCCGCAGCCCCUCAGUCUCUCCAGGAUGAGCAUCCCCUCCACACACCGCCGCCUCUCCGGUGGUCACAAGUUCCAUUCCCCGGGCUGCCCCAGUCUCCGUGUGGCUGAACCAUUUCAAAACAAAAAACUGCAAACCUCAUGUCUUAACCCGCACCAGGGGUCCCUCACCCUCAGUCCCAGCGGUCUGGUGUGAGACAAUCCGGAGCAUGGCUUCCUGUGGCACUGAUAGGCAGGCCAUGUCCUUCCAACCCAGACCCCUGGGCACCUGGGGCAGUACAGCUGCUGCAGGCCCCACAGAAUACUCGUAUGUUGCCCGGGCCCCGCCUACCCACUCCCGCCAGACCCCCACUUUUUACGUUGAAGAGAUCUCUAAUAAAUCGGGUAUAAACAUCA